GCUCUCUCUCUCUCUCUCUCUCUCUGUACUCUUCGGCCGCUUCAUUUGGGGCUUCUUUCCGUCACCAUGUUCGAAGACUCUGUAUCUUCUUCCAUUCCUUCGAUCUGGGCCUCCAUGAACAGCUGGUUCACCCCACCUGUUCUCUUCGUCCUCCUCAAUCUCAUGAUCGUCACCAUUGCCUUCACCUCCAGCUUCGUAAGCCAGAAACAGCAGCAAAGCCACCCGCAAGCUCAAGAGAAUCCUUAUCAACACCAUCGGAUGGUCAGAUCGCCGUCCGUUCUCGAACGACUCAAGUCCAUCAACCUCUACGCCUACAGAUCGCCGGAGCCCCACCCAUCUCCGCCACUCGCCGCCGCCUUCAGCCCGGCCCCGGAUUCAGCCACCCAUUACGUUUCCGAACAAACCCACGAGCCCCAAAGCUCGGAACCGGCGACUCGGCUGGUUUUCGAAGAGGAAGAGGAAGAGCCGAAGAGUCUGGACGAGGUUUACAGCCAGCUGGAGGGCCACCACUUCGACCGGACCCGGUCGGAGUCGGAGCCGGCGUCGGGGAAGAUGCCGGAGAGGCUCCCGGCCAAGAUUCGGAAGUCGGCGAGCGCCAAGUCGGCGUUCGCCCACUUCGAGGAGGAGGACAUCGUGGGGGUUCGUAGGCCGGCGACGAUGCGAGAGGGGAAGGCGGCGGCGGAGGUGGACGACGAGGUCGACGCCAAGGCCGACGAUUUCAUCAACAAGUUCAAGCAGCAGCUCAAGUUGCAGAGGCUCGACUCCAUUCUGGGGUACAAGGAGAUGAUCGCCAGAGGGAGUGCAAAGUAAUGUUCCUUAAUAUCUGGGGUUGUUUUGCAAUUUUUUGUUAAAUGGGGGACUUGUUUUUCUGAACUAGCGGUCAGUAGGUCGGUUCAUAUAUCGGCUAUAGAUCUACCAGUUAGGGUCGGGUUGAACUUUGCAAGCAAAUGUCAAAUAUGCCCAUUGACGGUAUUCCCUGGCUGUUCGCGGUAGAAAGGGUCAUUCUCGUCAUUUUAAUCAGCGUAGGACUUGGUCCACGGUGACAUAGCAUAAAGGUUGAAUUUUUCGCAGUUUAUUUCUUCGGUUGUGUUCCUUUUACUAUAUUUGUUAAAAGACAAAAAUGCCCCCAGCAUUUGCUCUA